AUGACAAUCUCAAACACAGGCCAUGACCUGAAUCGUGUCUGUCUCGUCCUGGACGAGAUCAUCCCCACAUGGAGGGCCCAUUCCUCCAUCCUGAUGACGCAUCCGUCUGCCAGUUUCGGGAUGUGGACGUGCGUGCAGUCUAACUUGGAAAACAUCCGAGUCACGCUGCAGCGGCUAAGGCAAGAGCUGGAACCUAUUGUCAAGAGCGGGCAGAAGAAGCGCUCGCUGUUCAAAGUCUACGCCAAGGCGUGGAAAUUGGGCUUGCAUAGUUGCGCGAUUAUUGCGUAUCGUGGACGUUUGGAACCACACCGCAAGGCUUUGAAGGUUGGAGCCACUAUGAUGAACAUGUGUGUGCGGCUGCAACAAAAUGCACCCGCCCAAGAGAAGCAAUCGUCGCUUGUUGUCUUGGACAUUGAGAUCAAGGAUCUCGAGGCGGCAGUACAGCCUAUGAAGAAGCUGUCUUUCGUGUCUAGCGCGGAGACAGCUGAAAGACAGGAUAUGAUUGUCGCCAUGGAAAGCCUAAUCAGUUCCGCAAAGUCAUUUUAUACGUUUGUGUCUAUGGCACCAUCAGCACCUGCCGUGAAUCAGGAAGAAGAUGGUCAUGACUCCGUACCCCCUCCGUCGUACGCACAGGCCAUGGCAUCUGAAGAUGGGGCUGAGUCCGAAGACGACGGCCCCUGGCCAUCCCCGUUCAAUGUGGCGGCCCGAGAGGGGGAUUUGGAAGAAAUUAAAAGGCUGGUCGCGGCUGGUGAGGACAUUCUUGCCACCGGUGAGAUUGGCCAGUCGCCUGCAUACUCGGCUGCUGUCUCAGGAAACACUGAGAUCCUAGAGUAUCUGAUCGAACACGGUGCAGACUACACCUCUGGCAACGAGGACGGCUUCACACCGCUCAACGCAGCCGCCACAUUUGGCCAUCCUGAUGCGGUGCUUGCUCUCUUGCACCACGGAGCAGAUCCGAAUGUCCCAUCUGUGGACGGACAGAGCCCAAUCUACUCCGCCGCGAAGCUCGGUCAACUAAGCUCCGUAAAGGUGCUUGUCGAACAUGGAGUGAACAUCUCAGACACAACGCAUCCAAAGCAGUGGACCCCGCUGAACGUGGCGGCUCAUAGUGGGCAUCACCAUAUUGCAAAGUACUUGCUCGACCAGGGGGCGGACUUUAACAUACCUACUACGAGUGGAUGGACACCACUGGCAUCAGCCGCCUCUGAAGGCCACGCAGAAAUUGUCGAGACUCUCAUCAAGCGCGGCGCCGAUGUCAACACUAGCAUUGGUGAAAUCGGCGCCACGGCGUUGUAUUAUGCCGCAAAGGAUGGCCACACUGAUGUGGUCCGCAUUCUUCUGGACCACGGCGCGGACACCUCCCGAGCAUCGGCGAAUAAAUGGACCCCCCUCAAUGCGGCGGCAUCGGAGGGCCAUCUAGCGGUUGUCGAGCUGCUCCUUGCAAAAGGCGCAGAUGUCACAAUCCCCGAUUCAACGGGCUGGGCGCCGUUGAACAGCGCUGCGGGCGAAGGGCACUUUGAGAUUGCAGUUGCGCUGGUCAAGCACGGGGCAGAUCACGCCGUCGCGGACUCUCGGGGCCACACCCCACUCUAUUCAGCGGCACUGCACGGCCAUCAUGCCGUUGUUGACCUCCUCCUCGAAGCCGGCGCAGGUAUUAACGUGAUGAACAAGGAUAAAUGGACGCCCUUGCAUGCUGCGUCCGCGAGGGGACAUCUUCAAGUAGUUCAAUCUCUUCUCGCCUGUGGGGCUAAUUCCGCAACCCGGAACACGGGUGGUUGGAGUCCUCUCAAUUCAGCGGCCUGUAAUGGCCAUCUGGAGGUAGUUAGAUUGCUGCUAAGACACGGCGCGGCUGUCGAUAGCCGCAAUGAUGAUGGCUGGAGUCCGCUAACCGCCGCUGCUGGAAAUGGGCACACGGCCGUGGUCGAGGCCCUGCUGGAUAGAAAGACGGAUAUCGAGACACGCAAUGAUGGCGGAUGGACUUCCCUUGGAAUUGCAGCGCGAGAGGGCUAUCCGGAGACGCUAAAGGCUCUUCUAGCACGCGGUGCAGACAAGAACGCCACGAACAUCAACGGCUCGACUGCUUUGCACGGCGCAGUGGAAAAAGACCAACUCGAAGUGGUUAAGCUUCUCCUUGCACAGGGUCUGGACAUCUCUGCCAAGUCGAAAACUGGAUGGACACCGCUGAAUAUCGCUGCGAGCAAUGGCCGGGCGACGAUCGCCCAGUUCCUGCUUGCCUCCGGGGCUGAUCCAAACACACCGCAGGAUGACGGAUGGACUCCGCUGCAUGUUGCCACGAAUGAGAACCAUAUUGAAGUUGUGCGAGACUUGCUGAGGGCAGGAGCAGAUCAUCGAGUGAAGAACCAGAAUGGCAGAACCGCUCUUGAUCUUGCACGUUCGAAGGGGUAUAGGGAUAUAGAAGAACUCCUGUUGGGUGCUGGAGUCAAACGUCUUGGCUUCUGA